AUGGCCAACAGGUUUAUUGCUACUGCCCUCCCAAAGCAGCUGAGGCUCGCAACUAGGGUGCAGUACUCUGCAGCACCUUACGUCUCUAUGAGGGGACUUGCCAGUAGUGCUUCUGCUGCCUCAUCCAGCUCGGCGGAGAAGGUGCACCCGCCGGCUCGCCCGUUGACGCAGAAGGAAAGGGACUUUUUGGAAAGUGCUAUCCGCGUCAACCAAGCCGGCGAACUCGGCGCAAACCUCAUCUACGCCGGCCAAUACGCAAUCUUCAAGAACGACGCCCGCCUCCGGCCCUUGAUCCGGCACAUGUGGGACCAGGAAGUGCACCACCUCAACACCUUCAACAGCCUCAUCGCCAAGCACCGCGUCCGCCCCACGGCCAUGCGGCCGCUGUGGAACGUGGCGGGCUACGCGCUCGGCGUCGGCACGGCGCUGCUGGGCGAGAAGGCGGCGAUGGCGUGUACGGAGGCGGUGGAGACCGAGAUUGGAGGGCACUAUAAUGACCAGAUUAGGGCGCUGCUGGAGAUGGUGAGGGAGGAGCCCGAGUUGCUGAAGAGGGGGGAGUUGAAGGAGUUGGUGGAUGUGAUUAGGGAGUUUAGGGAUGAUGAGUUGGAGCAUUUGGAUACGGCGGUGGAGCAUGAUGCGAAGGGCGCUGGUGGGUAUGAGAUUAUCUUUAAUGCGAUUAGGGGUGGGUGUAAGGCGGCGAUCUGGAUCAGCUCUAAGGUUUGA